CGCUUUAUUAUUGUUCUGGAAGGAGGAACACAGGCGUGAAGAAUUGUUCCCCAUCGAGCCCCACUUAUUUACAACUUUAUAUCUGUUGACAGAGGCUGUUUGUGCAGGCUCGCGGGUUGUCGGCUGCUUCAAAGGUCGGUGAACACGGAGAAACGUUAGAGGCCGCGAUGGCGUCGCCGCUGGAGAUGACGGAGAUGUACGACAACGCGCUGCUGGGCAUCCUGCAGCACGUUGGGAACAUUCAGGACUUUCUGCAGGUCUAUUUUGGGUUUUUGUACCGCAAGACGGACUUUUAUCGCCUGCUGUCAAGUCCCAACGACAAGAUGGGCUUCCCCCCCGGUGUGGCGGAGAAGAUGGUGCUGAAGACAUUUAAGCUGUUUGAGAAGGUGGCAGAUCACGACAGAGAGAGACAGCUGAGCGAGCUGCAAAAGAGAGAGGAGAGUCGGUGCGUUCCGCCGGCAGUCCAGGAGCUGGAGAUCGCCGCCGAGCCUCCAGAGGGGGCAGAAGAGCGAAGCACAGAGGCGGCACAGACUGCGAGCUCUCCCUCGGAGGCGACCAUCAGCCCUCAGCUCGACAGCAGCAGUAGUGGCGGCGGCGGCGGCGGCCCAGGCCAGUCAGCUCAGGGAGGCCAGGCAGCUGCAGCCGGCACAAGCUCAGCAGAAAAGGAUCAGGGCAAGAAUCAGUCCGACCCCGACUGUUACAACGGGGCGGUGAGGGAAAACUACAGCUGGUCUCAGGACUACACUGACGUGGAGAUUCGCGUGUUUGUGCCCAAGACGGUUGUUAAAGGCCGACAGGUCAGAGUUAGUCUGCAGGCCAGCAGCAUUCAAGUGUGUGUGAGGGAGGGAGCCGAAGAGAAAACACUGAUGGAGGGAGAAUUCACUCAUAAGAUCAACACGGAAAACUCUCUGUGGAGUCUGGAGCCUGGAAGCUGUGUGGUCCUGUCGCUCAGUAAGGCCUCGGAGGUUUGGUGGAACGCGGUGCUGAAAGGAGAACAGGAGAUUGACAUAAACCAAAUUAACCGCGAGCGCUCCAUGGCAACAGUUGACGAGGAGGAGCACGCCGUCCUGGACAGACUCACCUUCGACUACCAUCAGAAGCUGCAGGGCAAACCACAGAGUCAUGAAAUGAAGGUGCACGACAUGCUGAAGAAGGGCUGGGAUGCUGAAGGGUCUCCGUUCAAAGGGCAGCAGUUCGACCCCUCCUUGUUUGACAUCCCGCCCAGCGCGGUGCAGUUCUGAGCCACAUCUUAAAAAAACUCUGCCAAAAAUGAACUGAAUCCUUGUUUACUUACAGAACUGGUUACAGUAAAUUCAGCUUUUACCUGCC